AUGUCUCUCUUUCCAGGCGUGGCUUUGGUGACAGGCGCUGCUUCUGGUAUCGGCCAGCAAACAGCAGUAUCAUUUGCCGUUGAGGGGUGCAGCAAGAUUGCCAUUGCAGACCAAAACUCGGCAGGGCUCGCCGAGACCACGACUCUAAUCCAGAAGGCGGUUGCUCCAGAGAAAGUCCAAAUUGUAUCCUCCACGGUAGAUAUCUCCAAGGAGGAGCAGAUCCAGGCGUUCGUCGACCAGGUUGUCGAGGAACUGGGACGGAUUGAUUAUGCCGUGAAUGCUGCUGGUAUCCUGAGCAACAACGAAAGAUCCCACGAGACCUCGACUGCUGCAUUUGASCGCAUUACAGACGUUAAUUACCGCGGCUGCUGGCUGACCUCUCGAGCAGAGAUCAAGCAGAUGCUCAAACAAGACCCUCUCCCAACCCACGAUGGACGGCCAGGUAAUCGAGGAAGUAUUGUAAACUUUGCAAGCCAAUUGGGCCUUGUAGGACGGCCAGCAGCAGCCGCGUACUGUGCGUCAAAAGCUGCAGUCAUCAGCAUGACCCAAUGCGAUGCCAUUGAUUAUAGCAAAGACAACAUCAGAGUUAAUUGCGUCUGCCCUGGCGUCAUAGACACACCAUUGAUUCGGCCGAGCAUGAGCACUCUCGGACCGGCCAUAUCGAUAGCACCAAUGAAUCGACCAGGGACCGCACAGGAGAUUGCGGACGCCGUCCUGUUCCUGUCAAGCCCAAAAGCGACGUUUGUCCAAGGGGCCGCCAUGGUGGUCGACGGUGGUUACACGAUCAAUUAA